AUGCAAGACACUGACCAACAGCAUGGAGAUAUCUUCACUUUCAUAUUAUUUGGGAAGAAGAUGACGGUAUAUCUCGGCCUCGAAGGCAACGAAUUCAUCCUCAACGGCAAGCUCGAAAACCUCAAUGCCGAGGAGGUGUACUCCCCGCUCACCACCCCUGUCUUCGGUCGGGACAUCAUCUACGACUGCCCAAAUGCGAAGCUCAUGGAGCAGAAGAAGUUUGUGAAGUUUGGACUUACACAGCAUGCACUGGAGACAUAUGUUCCGUUGAUUGAAAACGAGGUGAACGGAUUCCUCAAAGCUUCUCCCGCUUUCAAAGGUCGCUCAGGAACAUUCGACGUCCCGUCCGCGAUGGCUGAGAUUACCAUCUUUACCGCGAGCCGAACCCUGCAGGGAGCAGAUGUACGAAAAAAGUUGUCAGGGGAGUUCGCAGAGCUGUACAAUGAGCUUGAUCUUGGUUUCAGGCCCAUCAACUUUAUCUUGCCAUGGGCGCCACUGCCACACAACAAACGACGAGACGCUGCACGCAUUCAAAUGGAGUCUGUCUACAAGGAUAUCAUCAACGAACGCCGAAGGUCAGGUCAAAGUGUCGAGGACAAGGAGGCCGACAUGAUGUGGCACCUGAUGAGCUGCUCCUACAAGAACGGACAGCCAGUUCCCGACGAGGAGAUCGCCGGCAUGAUGAUCACGCUUCUUAUGGCAGGCCAGCAUUCGUCCUCUUCCAGCAGCUCAUGGAUCAUGCUCCGCCUGGCCUCGCGGCCCGACAUCGUGGAGGAGCUGUACCAGGAGCAGGUGCGAAAUCUCGGCUACGACGGCACCCAGCCCUUCCAGUAUUCCGAUAUCGACAAGCUUCCGUUGCUCCAGAACGUCAUCAAGGAGACGCUGCGGGUCCACGGCUCCAUCCACUCCAUCAUGCGAAAGGUUAUGAAGCCAUUACCGAUCCCAAAGACAGACUACGUUAUCACUCCCGACCAUGUCAUGGUUGCCUCCCCCAUCGUGACACAUCUGAGCGACGAGUUCUUCCCGAAGGCAGGAGACUGGAACCCUCGCCGCUGGGAGAGUCGAGUGGAGGAGGCUGCAGACGAAGGCACUGUGGACUACGGGUACGGAGAGGUCAGCAAGGGAGUCAAGAGCCCGUACCUGCCUUUCGGGGUCGGCCGCCACCGAUGCAUCGGCGAGAAGUUCGCCUACGUCAACCUGUGCACCAUCAUUGGCACCUUGGUCCGGAACUUCAAGUUCAACACGCUCGACGGCAAAUCUCAUGUCCCGCCAACGGAUUACGCGUCCCUUUUCUCCAGGCCAGAGGCUCCUGCGGUUAUUCGCUGGGAGCGACGGUUCCCCUAA